AUGAAGAAGAAUAAGAAAACAAGGGAUCAUAGCCGGAAGGGAUCGCCGACCAAGAUGACUCUGAUCAGGACCCUUCAGUGCUGGUCACCUAUGAAAGAGAAAAAGGCGAAACCUAGAGCUCGCCUCGCCUCGCUAACUCUUCAAGAAAUCAGUGCCUGGACAAACGAGAAUGGGAAGAUUGCUCCAAGCUUGUCUCUUGAAUAG